CAGUCCUCUAAUAGUUAAUUUUUAUAUUUGUGUAACCUGUCUGGAUGUAGAGCGCCAUGGAAUUAAUGUGGCUUUAAAAUAAAUAAUGAUGGAUGGCGGAACACCGUGUUCCUGGUGCUGGAGAACACUCGCCUCUUCUUCUGUUCGCUGCAUCUCAGGUCAGGAAACCAUUUCAUUGAUUGCAAUACCGGACACAUCCAUGGGCGGGGGGUGGCGCUGUGGCCUGCAGAGUACCUGUAAGGACAGGCAGUGACAUGACGCUCACAUGAUUCCGUGGGUGCAGCCGCACACUGUAAACAAGAUCUUCAGGGUUUGGCUUCCUACUUUCACUUUCUUAAGAUUCUCCUCCUUCUGGUAGUUUCCAGGAUGGGGCUUUCCAGACUGUACGGACACCUGCUGGGGUGAGAGGCUGGAUCCAUGUGAGCCCCCUCAUCGGUCACUGACUGCCCCCUGAACGGAGAGUGACCCCCAUCAUUGCACAGAGGCUUCCAGGAUUACUAGAAGAUUUGGACCAUAGUUGAUGGUAACCAUGGCUGGUUGGUGGUGGAUCGCUGUUCUUCUGGUGAUGACGUCUGUGAGCGGCCGUGUCCCAGUGGAUUCCCUCACAGACCCUCAGACAGACGCGGUCCGACUGGUCAGGGAGGAUUUCCACAAGAGCAACAAGGUCAAAAACGCCUUCCAAGUGUCCUCCAUGCUGGCCGCAAAGCAACAGGAAAAUUUUGACGGAAAAGGGACAUUUGUUAAAGUAAGAUUCAUCAUGAAACAGACAAAUUGUCAGAGACGCGAGUGGAUGAACCGAAAGUGCGUCCCCAUAAUGACAGCCAAGAGAACUUACAAUUGCGUCGGUUGCUUCACGUUUGCUGAUGGUGCGGAUCUACUACAGACGGGAUAUCGGAAAUGUGUGCGCCAAAGUCAUGCGAACAGGAAAGAAGUGAGAAAGGAGAGGCGUAAGGAGUGCGCCAAACUGAAAGGCAAGAAACGUACGUACAGUGUGGGCGCCUACAGCUUCCGGAGCGCCCCUCUGGGAAACUAUGACUAAGCCCCCCGACCUCUGCUACAUACGUGUUGUCCCGUGGACUCCUGUGAACAGUUAGGUAACAUUUAUGGACAUGACGAAUAUAAGGACUAGCGGAGACCCCGGGAUCAGAGCGGAGAACUGCGAGAUGUAUGUGUCAGAAGGAUGAGGACCAUGGUCAGAACUAGAGAUGAGCGAAUCUCCGGUUAUGAAAUUCGUUUGCAAUUCGUUUACUGGUA